CAUUGACCUUUUGAAUCGUCCGAAUUCCCACCCCACGGUAACGUCGUGUACCUCGAUAACCACCGCGUCGAUUUUCUUAUCACUCGGAGCAACGAUUUCCAACCAAAAUAAUAAUAACUAGGUCCACUGGAGAGAGAGAGGUGAUGGAACACAUGAGAGUUGAUCCCGGGGGCUUCCAAAUACCAGGAAUGCCCCGUCCGCAACUGAUGAACCAACCACCGCAGAUAUUCGGGGCUUAUAGUCACGAUGGCUUACCUGUAUUGCAUCCGGACCUCGCGGCGCAAAUGGCGUUCGAUCCUUCGGCGUUGUUAGACGAUCCGAACGAUGCGAAGAGAAGAAGAAUCGCACGGGCUUGCGAUAUGUGUCGAAAGAAAAAAAUAAAGUGCGAUGGGAAGCUCCCUGCGUGCACUCAUUGUAUCAAUUAUAAGACGGACUGCGUCUUCACGCAAGUCGAGAAGAAGAGAAGUCCGCCGAAAGGUGCCAAGUACAUCGAGGGCCUCGAAAACCGUUUAGGGCGUAUGGAAAGUUUGCUAAGGUUGUCUGGCCUACUCGGUGAAGAUGAUGAGUCGACUGACUUGGCUACGCUGGAAAAACGCCUUGCCGAGAAGCACCAGCAAUCGAGACAAGCUUCACAGGCAGCUACGUCUAAUCCCACAUCACCGUCGCAAGCCACAUCCGGUCACGAUGGCGCGUCAUCAACUCCUCGAAGUUCUCUAGCAUCUCCAGAGCCGAGUAGAGAUCGCGAUAGAAAGGAUAGCUCACCACAGCCUGAUCGGCCCAAAGAUGAAGAGGUUGAAUCCUUAUCUGAGAUGAUGUGUUCAUUAGUAACGAAUCAGUCUGGGGAGACGAGAUAUAUAGGCUCAUCGUCGGGCUUCUCAAUAUUCUCACCGAAGGGUAUCCAGUGGGUGAAUGAAAAAACCGGAGACAGAUCGUUUCAACAAAUGAUAUCUUCAGUAUCUAUCGAUGAUCACAAAUGGAAUCACUGGAAACCCGAGAUUUUCAGCGACCUUUUCCAUCGCCCGAUUUAUCGGCAAUUACCGCCCAAGCCAGAAGCGCUAUCCCUGCUCAAAGACUAUUUUGACAACUUCAACUGCAUGUUCCCGCUGUUCCACCAACCAACAUUUAUGCAUCUUGUUGAGAGGCAAUAUUCCAAUGACCCCUACCAGGGGUCGGGAUGGUGGGCCAGCUUGAAUGUUGCAUUAGCCAUCGCCCAUCGCCUCAGAGUCAUGAGCAAUUUAGUACCGCAGGAAGAGGAUGACAAGUCAUGGGGAUAUAUGAAGAACGCUAUGGGGGUUUUCUCCGAAUUAACGAUGCGCAAUACCGACUUGUUGAGCGUGCAGGCUUUGCUCGGAAUGGCUUCCUUCAUGCAGGGUACUCCCAACCCCCAACCCUCGUUUCUGCUAGUUGCCGCAGCUAUCAGACUGUCCCACAGCAUCGGGUUGCAUAAGCGCGGAAGUGGUUUUAAUCUUAACCCGGUCGAGAUUGAGCAGAGAAAGCGAGUGUUCUGGAUAGCAUAUAUGCUGGAUAAGGAUUUGUGUCUCCGGUCCGGACGACCUCCGGCGCAGGAUGACGAUGACAUGAAUGUAGAGCUCCCAGAUGCCGACCCAGUAGACAAUAUUGGAAACAUCCCCCUUGCCGACGGAAAGGGAAAGAUGAAUCUAUUCCGAGCGAUGUGCGAAUUGACAGUUAUUGAAAGCCAGGUCUAUAAGAAGCUCUACUCUACCAAGGCCACCAAGCUGUCGGACGGCGAGCUGCUGCAGACCAUCGGCGAGCUUGAUAAGAAAUUAGAAGAGUGGAAGGACAACAUCCCGAUUGACUUCCGCCCAGAACACGAAAUAAAAGCGUCUCACACUCCUUUGAUAGUCCAUGUGGUCAUGUUACAUUUCUCCUACUACAACGCCCUCACUACAAUCCACCGCAUGUCUGUACAUCAUGGCUACUGGACAAGUCGACUAUCCAAUUACGCGAUCCAGGGCCUGAACGCCAGGCCUUUAAAUCCGCGGGUAUUUGCAUCUGCAGCUCUAUGCGCGUCCGCCGCCAGAGCAAGUAUUCAACUGCUCAAAUAUAUCCCGCAAGGCGAUUUCUCCUGCGUCUGGCUUAUCCUCUACUUCCCUGUCUCAGCGCUCGUCACACUCUUCGGGAACAUCCUGCAAAACCCACUAGACCCGCGAGCGAAGUCGGACACGAAAUUAAUGAACGUGGUGGUGACGUUCCUCUCCACCCUGGGCCAAGAGGCGGAGACCGGUGGCGUGCACCGUAUGCUCGGCGUGUGCUCUGAGUUCGAGCGCAUCGCCAAGAUCGUCAUCGAGAAGGCCGAACGCGAGACGAACCGGCGGAAGCGCAAGAGCCACGAGCCUCAGAAAUCUUCCAUCAACCACUCCUCUCCGCCGCAAAUGAGUAGCAGCAACACGCCGCGAGCCUCGUCGGCAAGCACGCCGACCGGAAACUACUCGGCAACGUCGCAGCUGUCGCCCAAGUUCAACGGGGAGCAGAACCGCGCCAAUAACGCCGCAAACGGGGGCUUCAGCCCGAUGAACACGGCUAGCUCGAAUAAUGGCUCCGCGCCGCGCGACGGCCCAGGGGCCUGGCCGCCAUCUUCUUCAUCACCACAGACACAGCAACAACACCCAUCACAAGCGCAACAGUCGGAAUGGAACCCCGAUGCUAUGGAUUUCGGCAACUUCUCGGAGAUGACGGGCUUCGGACAACCGAUCUCGUUGCCGUCUAUUCCAGGGGUUACCGGAGCCGGAGCCGGAGUCGCGGGCGGAGGUGGGUACCAGCCGCUACUGCCGCAGGAGCUGUGGCAGAUGUCCGGGCUUGACUGGGACUGGGCCGAGUUCGCGGGGACUGCGUAUGCUAGCUUCGAGAACGGGUCCGCGGCACAGAACGGUGCAUGAGUACGUUAUUUAUGGGGAGGAGGAGUAAUUAAUAUCACGCCGACGGUCCAUUACCUGCCUAGGUACUACCUAAGGUAGCCAGUU